CCGUGCCGGGCGAGCGCCCGUCGAGCCUCCCCUGCCUCAGUUUCCCCUUUGCCGGGGCGUCACCACCGCUGCCACCACCGCCGCAGCCAUGUGGAUGGUGUCACCGCCGGUCGGUAUUUUCCAGUCCACGAAGAAGCUGUUCCUGAGCGAGCGGGCGGGCCGGGAUCGGACGCUGGAAUUCAUCCGGAAAAACGCUGCUAACGGGCUCUCCGUGGCCAAUCUGGUGGCGGGGCUCUCCUCCAUCCUCUGCAGCCUCAACAGGCAAUACCAGCACUCGUGCUGGCUGCUGCUCAUAGGGUUUCUGCUCGAUCUGGCCGACGGAGCGGUCGCCCGACAGCUCGACGCCUGCUCGGCGCUGGGUGCCAAACUGGAUGAUUUCGCCGACUUCACCACCUUCGGGCUGGCCACGGCGCUGCUGCUGCAGCCACAGGGUGUCCUGGACGGGCUGCUGACCAUUACCUACGUGAUGGCCGUAUUCACUCGCCUGUGCUUCUUCUCCAGUGGGAUCCCCUUCACCUACCGGGGGCUGCCCUGUCCCUACGCCUCCUCACUGCUGGCGGGCACCUUCCUGCUGACGGGGGGGAACGUCACCCUGCUGCAUGUCACCGCCAUCGUCAUGACCCUCUUCAUGGUCGAUCAGGGUUUCUACCCCCACGACAAGGUGCUGGAGUCGCAGCUCUGGAAGAAACUGGUUUAUGCUGGAGGGGUGGUGGCUGUCCUCUUCUCGCCGGCGGCGGUGGCUUCCGUCUAUUGCCUUGCCUGGUCAACAUCCUACAUCAUUUUCCCCUUUGCCAUCUGGAGCUGCAAAGCCUGACCCCUGCCUUCACCUAACGCCUAGUAAAGCCUUCCUCUUCCUCCUC